AAGAAAACGAGUAGAGAAUAUAUAUAUAUACUUACUCGCCGGAAAAAUACACAUAUAUAAAUUUACGUAAGAAAUUGCCUAUAAACAAGAGAGGAGGGUCGUGAGAGGUCUAGGAAUAUUUCCCAAUAAAUUCCAGACCGAUUCGUAGUCACCGGAGCAUCCUAGAGGUCGCCGGAGUUGCAAGCCAAGGAAAUGGGUCUUCAGCAAGUGCGGAAAUUUGGCCGUAGAUAGGGGUGGCGGAGCUUCUCCUCGACGUCAGGAUCAUUUUGCAACUUGAAUCGUUUAAAUCCGUUACCUAAGAAGAAUUCAAGUGAAGAUCAAGCUAGAGAUUUUAUUAAGGAGAUUAUCACAAUUUAAGAUGAUUAUGAUUAUGAAGAUUGAUGUACUUGCUGCCCGAGUGUUCCGCUAGUUGCACACGUUUGAUUAAUUAUUGUUGUUUAAAUUUGUAAUCCAUAAACUUUGUUUAAGUUUUUAUCUGAUGACUACUUGAAUUAAUGGUGGAUAGCCUGUGCACUCAAUCAUGUAUAGGUUGAGUGUGGCGGUGACACACCUGUUUUUCCAUCAAAGACUUCCGCUGUACUCUAAAUAUGUUUUAUAAUAAAGAUGUUUUCAUUUCAAAAUGUUAUUUUAUUUUGGUGGGAAAAAUGGGGGUGUUACAAGUUGGUAUCAGAGCCUUAGGUUUUCCAAAGGGAUUAGAACACGAGGUAAUAGGUUGUAUGGAGAAAUUCUGUCACCAAGACGAUAAGAGUCUAAGGCUGUUGGUUCUUAAUUGAGCCUUUGCGCUCGUCCAACUACCUGGGAAUUUCUCCUUGUGCUGAAACUUCGUCGUUCGAAAUCGUUGAAGGAAACCUUUGAAAUUGUACCUUCAAAAGGGAGAUUUUCAAAUAUUUUUAAAAUUAGGAAAGAUAAUAUAGCUAGGAAAUGGCCUUUUAGGAACGUGGUGAGGACCUUGUGAGUAUUUAUUUUCCUUACAUGUAUCAUGUAUGUGAUAAUUAUGCUAAUUGUGGGCCCAUAUGAGAAAUGGGAACCCCAAAUGCUAAAUGGAAUGCCUCAUAAGGCAAAAUUCCUAAGUGGCUAAGGUAUGUACAAACAUUAUGUGCGAAAGUGAUCUUAUGUGAAGUAUGAAUCCUCUGUAUGAUUGUUAUGUACAUUUUUAUAUAUUCUUGUUACAUAGCCUAUGGAAUCCUUAGUUGAACUAGGAUCCUUAGGAGUAAAAUAUAGAAAUUCUUACACGAAUACUUUGUGUCAUCAAGAUAUCAUGGCACCAAGAAGAGACCCUGAUAACACGCCCACCAAUGCUGAGUUGGCACAAAGCGUUCAGCAACUGGCACAAUUUAUGCACACACUGGGUGCUACUGUGCUCCAGAACAACCAAAACCAGAACAACGGGAAUGAUGCCGCAAAACGAGUGGCAUCUCGCAACCCUCCAAGCUUUCAUGGGCAAGAAGAUCCUCGUAUCCUCGAGAAUUGGCUCCGACUCUUUGACAAACUCUUCGACGCGGUGAGCUGUCCGGAAGAGCAAAGGGUUGACAUUGCUGUUUACUAUUUACAGCAAGAGGCAGAUAACUGGUGGGUCUCAUCAGGCCCAACUUUACGUCAACAACCUGACUUCAAUUGGGAAGCUUUCAAGAUUGCCAUGAGGAAACGUUUUUAUCCUGCACACGUUCAGGCCACCAUGCGUGAUGAAUUCAUACAUUUGAAACAGAUGGGCAUGAGUGUCCAAGAAUAUCACAAUAAAUUCGUGGACCUCGCGCCAUUUGCGAAAACAAUAGUGCCUGAUGAAAGCACCAAAGUUGAGAAAUUUAUCUACGGAUUAAACUAUGAUACGCAGAAAAUCGUCGCUGUUUUGGGUUGCCAAACUCUGACUGAAGCUUAUGAUAGAGCUGCAGUUCACUAUCGAGUUCAGCAACUACAAAGAGAGAGGAACCAGAAGAUGAAGAGGGACGAAGAUGGAGGUCGAGGAGAAAAGAGGGUCAGAGUGCACCCACCUACACAGCAACAAGAAGGGAGGAGGAGGAGAGAUGACCAAGGUGGAAGAAAUUUCCACGGUCAAAACCAACAAAAUGAUCGAAGAGUUGCUCCCAGAGAUAGACACUUCUACUGCAAGAGGUGCGGGAGAGAUCAUCCUGGUGUUAAUUGCGAUGGAAGCCUGACAAAAUGUUUCAAUUGUGGGAAGCUAGGGCACCGAACCUUCGAGUGUCUCUCAAAGACCAAUGGGGCACCAGUGCACCAGGUGCAAUACCGUGAUGGAGGAAGGCCAGAUAUGAACCAAGCUGGGCCAAAUGGAGGACAAAAUAACAACAAUGCCGCCGCCAACAACAACCGCAACCCUCGAGGAGGAGGGGAGAAUAAUCAUGGCAAUGGCAAUGGCGGGAACAAUGGCAACGGCGGAAACAACGGCAACCGUCCGAACCAAGGGCGAAUCAUGGUGAUGAAUCAGGCCCAAGCCAAUGCUAAUGAUGUGGUUUCAGGUACAUUCCUUGUAAAUUCUGAGCCUGCUUAUGUUCUAUUUGAUUCUGGUGCUUCUCACAGUUUCAUAUCUUCUAGUUUCGUUAAGAAAUUGAAGAUUGAACCAACGGCUAGAAUAGACUUGAAUGUAAGAACCGCCUCAGAUAAAUUUGUAACUUGUGGAAAUGUAUACUCCAACAUUCCCAUACUCAUAUCUGAAUCCAACCUACCUGGAGAUUUAAUCCAAUUUGACUUAAAAGAUAUUGACAUAGUACUGGGCAUGGAUUGGUUGGGGAAAUACAAAGCCAGGAUCCUCUGUGAUGAACAGAAGGUGAUCUUGAAGGGUCCAAAUGGGAAGCGAAUAUCUUACAAAGCAAUCACAUCCAAGCCUAGUAUGAGGCUGAUGACUAUGCAACAAUUAAGGCGACAUAUCCGAAAGGGGUAUGAAACAUACCUGUGCUUUAUGAAAGAGGUGAAUACAGGGGAGCCAAACAUUGACCAAAUUGCCGUAGUCAAUGAAUUUCCGGAUGUAUUUCCGGAAGAGAUUCCAGGGAUGCCACCCGAGAGAGAAGUUGAAUUCUCAAUUGAGUUGAUGCCCGGAACCACGCCAAUUUCAAAAGCACCUUACCGGAUGGCACCGAAAGAAAUGCAGGAGCUGAAGGAACAACUAGAGGAGUUGUUAGAGAAGGGGUACAUAAGACCGAGUGUCUCACCUUGGGGCGCUCCGGUCUUAUUUGUCAAAAAGAAAGAUGGGAGUCUAAGGCUAUGCAUCGAUUACCGAGAGUUGAAUCAAGCAACUAUCAAGAACAAGUAUCCAUUGCCCCGAAUUGACGACUUGUUUGAUCAAUUGAAGGAGGCUAGCACAUUCUCUAAGAUAGACUUGCGCUCUGGAUAUCAUCAAGUGAGAAUAUCCGAAAAAGAUGUACCAAAAACAGCAUUCCGCACGAGGUAUGGACACUACGAGUUCACUGUGAUGCCGUUUGGUUUAACAAAUGCACCGGCGGUAUUCAUGGACCUAAUGAACCGUGUAUUCCGACCUUAUCUUGAUACAUUUGUGGUGGUAUUCAUCGAUGAUAUUCUUGUGUAUUCAAAAACCCCGGAAGAUCACGAGAAACACUUGAGACUCACGUUACAAACUUUGAGAGAGAACCAGUUGUAUGCCAAACUCUCAAAGUGUGACUUCUG